AGUCCGGCCAGGACGGCGACGGUGAAGCACCUGGGUUGAGAGGGAGGAGCAAGGUAACACGCAGCCCUGCCUCUCCCGUCCCCAGCCCGCACCUCCUCCGAGGCGGGUGUGUGUGGGACCCGGGAGUGGCUCUCACAUCUCAUCGCCCACCAACACCUUCCUCCCCCACCAUCCUUACCCUACCCAACCCACCUGGGCAAGACAACCCAGGUGCAAAAGACAGUGAUUCUGAAGGAAGAGCGAGCAAGUGGAGAAGAAAGAGGGGGGUCCUCGUGAAGAGGGAAGGCCUGGUCACAGUCAGAAGCACGUGGCACUAGGGGCUCCAGCUGAGGAGGCUCUUCUGAUUGACCAUCGGAUCUGGUCACAUUGACGGCUCCUAGGACGCUACCUCUGAGACCUGGUGGCAAGGUCCCUGAACCAUGACCCAGAUGGUCAAUGAAAGGGAGGAUCCCCUUAAUCUGGGCAGCGGCAGUGGAGGAGGAGGCAGCGGCAGCUGGGCAUCCUCCCUCCCACUGCACACCUGGUCCUCCUAUCAUCGAAGGCAGAGGGGUGCUCCAAUGUCCAAGCGGCGAUACCGCGAUGGCCCCAAAGCUGAGUACGAGGCUCCCAGGAAACAACCCAAGCAACAGCGCAUCCAUGGCCCUUGGUUCCAACCGCCCAGAGGCCCCUACUGGGCCCUUUACUCCAACUGGGGGCGCUGUGGAGAGCCCUGGCGCCCACCACUCAUAGCAUUCCAGAGCCCCCUUUGCCCGGCGCAGAUGAUCCGGGCCUAUGGUCUGCACCCGCUCUGCCUUUGCUGCUGCUCUUGCUGGAGCGGGCCCUGGAGCCCCGGCUGGGAGAGACCCCCGGGCCGAAAGAAGCGCUGGGGGCGCAGGGGUCGUGGCCUGCGUCGACACCCUCGUCGCUCGUUCCAGAGGAACCCGCCCAUAGACAUGAGGAAGCUGCUGCGCCCGGUCAACCUAUACGGGAGGCGGGCUCCUGGGAUGAGAGCGCCGCGGAAUACCACCCAGUUCAUCAUGAACCAGGUCUACGAAGACAUGAGGCAGCAAGAGAAGCUAGAGCGCCAGCAAGCGGUGUUGCGUGCACAGCAAGUCCAGGCUCGUGGCAUCUCCCCCGGAGGCUCCACUACCAAUGACGCGCCCCACAGCGGCGUCCAUGAAGACUCGCAGUUGCCGGAAGAUCUGUUUGGCUUCAUGCAGGAUCCCUCUCUAACCUUCAGUCCUACUCCAGUGCAGCAAAACCAGUCUCCCACCCCACAGCGGGUAGAGGAAGAGGAGAAAAAUAAUGAUGAUGAGUGCGACAAAGAGGUUUGUGAUGAAAAAGAGGAGAGCGAGGAGGAGGAAGACGAGGAGAGAGAGACAGCAGAUGUGGAUGCGGAUGGAGAGGAAGUGGAAGAGGCUGACGAUGGGGAGGAAGUGGAAGAGGAUAUGUUGGAAGAGGUGGGGCUGGAGGAGGGAGAACAGAGAGAGGAAGAAAAAUUCUUGUGUCUGGGAAUGCCUUUGUCGAUCCUAGUAGGGGACGAAGAAGAGAGAGAGAGCUUUAUGAACUAUGAUUACUUAAGCCAAGAACAAAUAAUUCCCAACGUGCCAGAGGCAGGUCUGUUUAUGGUACCGGACGGACAUUAGCCAUUAGCCUUCAGGAAGGGAACUGAGAAACGAGAUGGAACUGAUUUUGAGGCUAAUAUGCAUUCACAACUUGUUAAAAACAGAUUUAAAAGUGAGUUCCAUAAAUAAACAUCAAUGUAAACACCUUCGUUGGCCACUAUAAAAUAUUUAAACAUUGCUGUGUUUGUGUAUGACUAUGGGCGGGAGAGGGGAAGAUUUCAGAUAUAUUUUAUUGGAAACGAUUAAAGGCCAAAUAUUUUAUUACU